AUGGGAACCACUUCAGGACCAUCAUUCUUACUCGAGGACGGACUACGGUACGGCAUGCCAAGCGGAGCAAGCCGUGCGCUGCACCCUAACACUCCCUUCGGUAAUCCUCCGGUAAUUCAAACUACGGUGGAAGCGAAGCUCCUGGCUCAAAUGAUUUCCCUUCAGCAGGAAACGCAGAAUAUUCAACCUUCCCAGAGUCUGCAGACCCCCGGUCGGCAGAAGAAGGGGAAGAAGGGGACAAAGGCAACGCUUGCGCCUUCCAAGCAGCUGGUAGUCCUAGCCCCUCGGGACCAGCCUCAUGUACCAAAGAAGGUCUACACCGACUGUCCCUAUCGGCUCAAUGACAUGGAUGCCGAACGGCAAAGGUCCCCAGUCAGGGUCAACGCACACUUACGGGACUCACGGAUGAGGGUCAUUGGGGACAAAUUGCCCCUCAUAAAGGUACAGGGGUUGGGGUCGGAGGCAGAGUCUGACGACGAGUAUGCCCCCUCCAAGGGUAUCGAGUCACACUACUGUUCGGAAACUCCAACGGAGUAUUCGAAGGCAAGAGCACCAAGCCCGAGGAGAACCUCCGAAGACUAUAUUUCUGAGGAGAUCCCUAGCCGAGACCCUGCGAUCCGCCUGCUCUUCCAGAGAAUCCAGAAGAUGGAGGACGACCGAACCCGGUUUCAGGAGCCUGACUGA